AUGGAAUUCCACUCCGAGAGGAAUUCAGCCGAGGUCAUGAAGGCCAUUGAGCAGGGGGAGUCUCUCAGUAAUUUGCUAGAGACUUUGGUCAUCGACAUUCUCCCUACAAUCUUUGAUAUUGUCAUAGCACUGUGGUUCCUCUACUGGAAGUUUAAUGCUUACGUCUCUUUGACGAUGCUUGUGGCAUCCGUGGGAUUCAUCACAUUGGAGGUCUUCACUUCAAACUUGAACAUUGCGAACCGCCGCGCAUCAAGCAAAGCCGAGAGAGAUGAGGCACGAAUCAUGCACCAAGCUGUCCAGGGAUGGCAGACUGUCUCAUAUUUCAACAUGCUUGGCUUUGAGAAACUACGAUUCGGCCAGGCUGUGAAUAGGCAACUCGCUGCGAGCCGCAAGUACAGAGUUGGAGACGCUUUCAUUCAAGCACUUCUUGAUCUGACGGUCCCACUUACCUUUUUCACUCUAGCCAGCCUGGUUCUCCAUGAAAUCUCCCAUGGACGAGCCUCAGCUGGCGACUUUGUUUUGCUUGUGUCAUACUGGGAGUUUCUGAUUUGGCCUCUCAAGUAUCUGUCCAACAAUUAUCGGUACCUAAUGAAGGAUCUAGUCGAUGCUGAACGGCUUCUCAGCUUGCUACAAACAAAGUCAACCAUUGUUGAGAAAGCGAGCGCCGCCAAACUAGGCAUAGUAAAGGGCCAUGUUGCAUUUGAGAAUGUUAGUUUUUCGUACGACCCCAGGCGGCCAACAAUACAGAACCUGAAUAUUACUGCUGGACCAGGACAGACGUUUGCCUUGGUCGGAGAGACUGGCGCAGGAAAAUCUUCGAUCGUGACACUCCUCUUGCGCUUCUACGACGUCACAUCGGGGCGGAUCACAAUCGACGGCUACGAUAUCCGCGACGUCACCCUGAGUUCUCUUCGAGAGGCCCUUGGGGUUGUCCCCCAAGACCCGCUGCUCUUUAAUGCGACCGUCUUGGAGAACUUGCGUUACGCGCGACCUUCGGCAAGAGACGAGGACAUUUUCGACGCCUGCCGGGCUGCAGCGAUUCAUGAAAGAAUUCUCAUGUUUGCCGAUGGCUAUGAGAGCAAGGUUGGUGAGCAGGGAGUCAAGCUGUCUGGCGGAGAGAUCCAGCGGCUAGCCAUCGCGCGGGUGUUUUUGAAGAACCCACCAAUUCUCAUAUUGGACGAGGCCACGAGUGCUGCUGAUACGAAAACAGAAGCGAGCAUUCAACAUGCUUUAGAUGCUUUGAGAAAUGGACGGACAACGUUUGUCAUUGCACAUAGACUAUCGACAGUUGUCAAAGCAGACAAAAUAAUGGUGAUCCACGGAGGAAGAGUGGCGGAGAGCGGCACACACAACGAGUUACUCGCGAGAGGCGAAAUGUACAAGGACUUGUGGGCGAGACAAAUAGGAAGAGAAUCGGAGAAGGAGGUGUUUCGAAACUGA